UAUCAUUUUCGGUUUGACGAGUUUGUAUGGUUUGAUUUUUUCUAUCUGUAAAUCAGCAACAAAACUUCAAGCUUAUAAUUCAAAAAAGAAGAAACAUGAUAUAUCAAUAUUUGUUCGUGUUACUUAUUGCGUGUUCAAGUCACGCAAAAAUAUCGACAAACUCAGAGGAUCAGUAUGAUGGCAUAUCAUACAAUUUUGACUUUACGUUCUCAAGUGAACAAGAUUUGCGAAUGCAGUUGGAGAAAAAGCUUACAUCAAUUCUAAUGAACAUUUUUGAUGGUGAUCUUGUAAUAAACACUCAAAUAUUCGAAAAUGUCGAAUAUUCUAGUUCCUCGUCUUCUAAUGAUGCCACUACUAAUCCGUUCUAUUCAGCGGUAAAUGAGAUACCUGAGAAAUCUGCAUUGAGUACAAGGACAGAAAUUACGACAGCACUAACGAAAUAUACUUGGGGAUGGCCGCUCAGUACUGACCGAUUGAUAACAAACGACAAAGAUGAUAUUGGACAUAGAGUGACCACUGACACGGAUUCAACUCUUCUUCAGUCUUCCACUUUAUCAACCUUCGUUGAUAGGACUAGAGGAAGCUCACUUUCAGAAUUACCCGAGGAUUGCACAAACAUACACAAGAAAAACGCAAAAAUUAAAAACGAUACCGGUGGAGUGUUUGAUAUAUAUCCUGAACCAACUGAAAGUUCCAUUGAAGUUUACUGUGAUCUCGUCACCGACGGAGGAGGAUGGAUUGUGUUUCAACGACGAAUGGAUGGAUCGGAAAAUUUUUACAGAAAUUAUUCUGACUACGUGAAUGGGUUUGGAAAAGCUGAUAGAGAAAUGUGGAUUGGUCUGAAAACUUUAAAUCUGAUUACGAACAAAUAUGAUUGUGAACUUCGUGUAGAUAUGAAAGAUCGGGAAAAUAACACAGCUUAUGCUAAUUAUGGGUUGUUCAAAGUUGGAGAUGAAACUUCAAAUUAUCGGCUUACCAUUGGUGAAUACAGCGGAAAUGCUGGGGAUUCAUUGUCACGCCAUAAUGCAAUGAACUUCACAACUAAGGAUUAUGAUGAUGACAUUGCGGGCUUAAAUUGUGCUCAACGAUAUACUGGCGCUUGGUGGUUCAGGAAAUGUCAUAACUCUCACCUCAACGGAGUUUACUAUAGAGGAAAUUCGACAUAUGCAGAAGGAAUUAUCUGGCGUACGUGGAGGGGAUACCAAUAUUCUCUUAAAUUUAUUGAGAUGAAAAUAAGAAGAAAAUUUAAAGUUUUAAACUAAACUUAAAAUUGUACGCCUAUUUGAAAUGUUAAUGGAUCAAAAGGUUAAUAAGUUUUUUUUCGUAGCUUUCUCAAUAUUUCAAAAGUUGCAGUUUUCAAUUAAUA